AUGGCCGAGGCGCUGCGCCUGAGCCGCGCGGCGGCCCUGGGCGCGGUGUGCGCGGACGCGCUGGCGCUGCGGCAGCUGCAGGAGUGGCAUGCGGACCGGGAGGUGGUUCUGUGUGCCGUGCAGCAGCAGGGCAUGCUGCUGGAGCUUGCGUGUCCCAAGCUACAGGCGGACCGCGGGGUGGUGCUGGCGGCGGUCCGGGCGCAGGGCCGGGCCCUGCGCUUCGCGGUGCCCGAGUUGCGGCGGGACUUUGAGGUCCUGAGAUGUGCUGCCUGGAGGUGGUGGUCAUUUGACUGGUCGCUCCUGGAGGCGCCAGAACUCUGCAGCGACAAGGAGGUGGUGCUGGCAGCUGUGACGCUGGACUGGCGGGCCUUGGAACGUGCCAGCGAGGAACUCAGAGAUGACCUGGAGGUGCUGCAGGCCGCGGUGCGCCAAAGCCCCAGCGCCCUCGGCCUGGCCUCCGUGCGGUUCCUCCGGGACCGCGAGGCCAUGCUGACGCUGCUGCGCCAAAACGGUGCCGCGCUGCAGUUCGUCUCAGAAGGCCUCAAGGGUGACAGAGACCUGGUGCUGGCGGCUGUGCGACAGAAUGGCCGUGCUUUGCAGAUGGCAUCGGAGGAGCUGCAGAGAGAUCGUGAAGUCAUCUCGUCCUCUUCGACCUGGAGGGGGUUCAUGCUGCGCUCUGUGGGUAUUGGAAAAUCGCGCACAUGA